AUGGCGUCGAAGAAUAGGAGUUAUAGAGAUGACCAUGCCGAUGAAUACUACCACGGGGGGGAGAAGGGCAAAGGGAAAUUUUACACCCGAGGAGGUGAUGGUAGUGGAGGAUGGGAGGGGCAUGACAAGGAAAGGGACGAAACCUGGGAUUAUCACGACAGGAACAGAAAUACCCAUGAGGAUAAUUUUGCCAUGAAGGAGCACCACAACCGGUACAAGGAUAGGGGUUAUGGUGAGAAGCACGAGUCGAGGCAUGGCGAGAGGGGAGACAGAACAGAUCGACCUUACGACAAAUACGAUGAAGACCGGCACGCGUACGACCCCAAGAGGGGGAAGAGGAAGUACGGAGAGAGGAGGAACAGCCGACUGAGCCCUGAAAGGGGAUAUGGGGGAAGAGGCGACUCUGAUCUUUAUGAGAAACACAACAGUAGCAGAGCAACGGGGGGUGCAGAUGACGGGGAGAAGGAUAGCAGGAAGAACUGGGCUAACCAUCGCAGCUACGGGAGAGAUGGUCAAAGGGAUGAUCGGCGGGAUGGCCACAGGGAUGGUCACAGGGAUGGUCAUAGAGAUGGUCAUAGAGAUGGUCAUAGAGAUGACCACAGAAGAAGCGAACACAAUUCAUUUUCCAGAUAUAAAGGGAGCGAAAGAAGGAGAUCCUACACUAAUAGCAGCGUGGAGGAUAGCCAGAGUGAAUAUGGGUCCGGGUCGGAUAAUGAGAAUGAUAAAUACCGUUCUUACGGGAACAAGAAAUACAAGGUGGGGGAAAGCUCGGAUGACCAAGGCGAAUUCACAAAGGGGAGUUACUCCCGCGGUGGAUACCCCCAUGGAGGUUACACGCACAGUGGUUACACCCGUGAGGGACACACAACGAGAAAAAUCAACAAUGUAAAUGAUGUACUGGAAAUGAAGAGCAACAUAGAAUUGUCUAAUUUUAUUUUUAUUUACAAGUUAGGAGAAAGCAUAACAGAAGAUGAAAUAGACGAGAUGAUGAGGAAUACAGCCAUCAGUAAUGCAUUCUCUCUGCCAGUGAACAUAUACAUAAAUAGGUUAUCGUUCUUUUGUAUGAAGGACGAAUUAUUCGUUAGGGAGGGGUUGGAGUUUAUAAAAAAUAACUCGUACUUUAACAAUAUCCAGUUAAGUAUAUUAAACACACAAAUGAAUAAUGAAGUUAAUGAUGAUCGAUGUUGCAUCGUUGAGUUCCCAUCCAAUGAAGCAUCCGCAAAAUUGUUUUCUCUGUAUGAGAAGAAUAAAUGUUGUAUCGAAAUUGGAAAAAACACAUCGUAUAUAUUUCCCCUAUUCAAGUUGAAAAAAAAAAUGAAUAAAAUAGUGGAAGAUAAACAAGCGCAAAAAAAAUUCUAUGAUUGGUAUUGCUCUUAUUGUAACUUUCUCAACUUUUCACGUAGAACGGCUUGUUUCUUUUGCAAAGAAACAAAAACUAAUGAUGCGAAAUUGCUGGAGAGUGAGACCAAGAUACCUUCUAAUGUGUUUAUGAAGAAUGGGUCCAUGAUGGGCGCUCCUGCUCCACAGGAUGGAGGGCCCUACGGAGGGAAUACUGUAUUUAACGGUAUUCCCAACGUGGAGCAAGGGGGUUUUGGCCAUUCUGGAAAUAACGCUCCCCUUGGGGGGAAUGGCGGUGUAUCUAAUUCGGAGGCAGACUUCACACAACAAGAAGCCAAUCCCACAGUUGAAACUGUCACAUCAGUCGGAUUAGCUAGCGCAACUGUAGCAGCCGCAGGGAUAUAUGCGGUGAACUCCCCCCCCUUGCACCAAAUGGAAGAAAAUUCAACGGAAAAUUUCGAAAGUUCCGUAAAGGAAAUCCUGGAAGAUAUUGAAAAGACGAACAUGCUGAUAUUGAAAGACAUAGAUGGAAGCAUCCCCAAUAAAGACAUUUUAAAGUUUAUGAACGAAGUUUUCGAAAAUAGACAUGUCAAUUAUCUGUACCUGUUUAAUGAUGUAAGGAGUUCAAAUAAAAGGAAAGGCUUUUGUUUCGUGGAAUUUGAGAGAGCAAGUUACGCAGAGCAAAUGAUGAACGAACUGGAAGGAAAUUUCUACAUCAAUUAUAAAAAUAAUUUUUUUAAGUUGGAUUAUGUAUACAAAAAGGGAAAGGAAUAUUUUUUCCAUUCCAUCAAUUUGGCAAAAUUGAACAUUAACAAAACCGCAGCAACUGUACUUAUGAAAAAUUAUAUUCCGCAUUUUAAUUUUUUUGUUAGCUACAUGGAGACCGUUGUAAAUAUGAUGAGCAUAAGUAACUACACCUUUUUCCUUCAUUGGUCCUCUCAAGUUUUUAUACUUAAGAAGGAAAAGCCAGCACUCAGUGAAUUUUUUUUUGAUUACAAUACUCAGUAUUAUUACCACCCCGUUUUUCAAAUAUAUUUUGACAACAAGACGAAUUUUUAUAUGUCUCUUUCGAAGGGGUACUACAUGUGGAAUGAUAAGAUUAAGUGCCUCGUCAGGAUGUACAUGGAGAAUGAGCCACAGGUAAAUGUUGAUCAUCGAGGAGGUGAUCAAAGCGCAGUGGCGAUACAUACAUCAGCUACGAUGGUGACUUCAGACAGUGGGGAACAGAAUCAGGAGAGACGCAAGGAGGACAUUCCUAGGGAACACCUCCUCCCGGCAGUGGACAGUGGUGAAAUCACCGGGCAAGAAAAUAACCCCAUCUGUGGGGGGAGCGGUGUGACUAAUAACUGGGCUAACCAGACUGGUGGUAACGAACACAUGGGCGCUGUGAACCCUAUGUCUAGCGCAAGCGGGGAUGGUGGGAAGGUCAAUGAUCCAAAUUUGCACCCUAAUGAAGAAACCUCGAAAAGUUCAGCCCUAGAUAAAAUAUCCAGUCUAGUGGAAAGAGCCAAGAUGAUAGCCCUGGCUUCUAAAAAGAACAUUGAACAAAUGAACUUGAACGAAGGGAGCUCAACUAAUUUGGAAAAAAAAAGUAAAGAAAUAAUUAAGAAGCAUUUCGCUACCGAUUCGGCUGAUGAAGAUAACGACGACCUUUCUGACAAGGAAGAGUUGCAAAAAAAAGGACACCCUAACAACAUAGCAUAUAACAAGGGUAGCCAGCUGAAUAAGGGGCCCACUGGAAUCACCAGCACAACCAUGGAAGGUGGUAGUAAUUACCAUAAACCAUCCUACAAGACGAAGAAUUCCUUGAUUGAGAGUCUUGCCAAAGUACAGAAUAGAGGGCAGUGGGCUGGCACCACGAAGGAACACAAUAAUAAUGCCAACAAUUUGAAUGAACCGAAUAGAGUACCUAAUUCCGAAGCAGUGAAAGUAGAAGGGAGAAAUGAGCACUCCUCCAACAGCGCCAACGAUUUGAACAUUUGUUUUAUUUGCCUGCGCAAGUUUGAAAAUGCCCAUCACUUGCAGAAGCAUAUUGAUAUGUCCUCUUUGCAUAGGAGGAACUACGAGCUUGUAAUGAAUGUUAUGAGUGCUAGUUAG